UAAAGUCAGUUCUACCUACUGAGUAACAAACUCAGAGUAAAAGUUUCUGCUGCUGUGAAUGUUAAAAAAAGGAAAAAUCGUAACGGAUGUUGCUGAUUCGUGAUAACUAUUUGACGGUUUGGUUACUAAAUAGUACUUUUCUCAGCAAAUAUAUUCAACGUUGUCGCUAUGGACUCCAGUUCCGACGAAGAAAUCAGAAUGUGGAAAGAAGAGUUAAGACGUAAAAUAGAACAAAAGAAACGAAAAAAGCGUGAAAAAAUAAAUAAUAGUGGGUUACACACGUGUCAAUCUGAUGAGAAUCCUUGUUCUUCAAAAAUGCAAAUAGAUUUUACAAAAGAUGAUAUCCAAGCCAGCCAAUUUAAGGCAUUUGGAGAUAAUCGACACGUUAAAGAUGUAACAAAGGAAAGUAUACAUCCGAAGAAGAGAAGGAAAAUACGUGCAGAAACCAGGAAUAAACCUGUUAAGACAUCUACAGAUAAUAAAAAAAUUGAAGAAGUGACUGAAGAAAGUGUAAUUCCAAACAAGCAACGAAAAAUAGAUGCAGAAAUAACAAAAAAGUUUGUUCUGGAAAAGACUUUUCAGAAAAGAUCCGGAACAACCAUCAAGGGUCAAAAGUACGAAGACAUGAUUAUGGCUAACAUAAUACUUCAGUUGGUAAGCGACAGUAAAGUAAAAGACUUUUACAUUUCGUCGAACAACGAAAAUUUUGGCGAUUUUGAUGAUGUGGUUAUCGAAAUUGAGACAGACCUGGGCAUCGAAACGAAAGCAAUGCAGCUAAAACACAGUAAUAACGAAAAAUGUUUCAAUACGUUUGAUUUAACAAAGAAAAAGGGAAACUUUAGCAUAGCCAAAUAUUUCAACUCCGUCCAAGGCAUAAAAGGCGCAGCGCAACAGUUUAUUUUGUUCACUACCUACGGAACUGAUAUUUCGGACAAAACGCCAUUUAAACUCGAAGGAGAACAGUUUUACUUGAAGCCGAUUAAGGAGUCAGGUGAAGACAGUCUCGACCUUUUAAGGACUUCGUAUUAUAGAUUUCAAAUCAUAGAAGACGAAUCGACUAUGCAAAAUCCUGAAAAAAUCCAGAAUUAUCGAACAUUCUUCGAACGUUUUCGUCUUUACACUAACCAAGAUUAUGUAGAAACACUUAAAAAUUCAACCGUGAAUAAUUUUAAUACCAGGUUUGAAUCUAAAGAAGACAUUUUCGACAAAUACCUUAAAGUCAUAGCAGAAUGGAAUAUGAACGAAGAGAAAAAGGAAAAAUUAAGCAAGAAAAUGAUGCAAAGUGCGAUUGCUCUUCAGUUGUUAUCUCCUCACGUUGAACCUUUUAUAUUUGAUGGUUCGGCUAACGACAAAGCGAAAAUCCUUCGAGAGGCUAUUUGUGGGUUUGAUAUUACUUUGGCCGUAACAAGAAAUCGCGACAUAGUUAAAGGAUUGUGGAGUGAUUCGGGCAAAGACAUUAACUUUGAGGAACUGAACAGGCUAAGGGCACUUUAUUCUCUUUCUUAUAGUAAUAUAAACACACUAGAAGGUAUAGAUGCAAAUACGUUGACACAAUUAUUUUGGUUGAUGGACAAAUGUCCAUUAAUCGUGCAAGAACACGAAAAUGUGGAAAAAGCUAUUCAGUUAUGCCAUGACGCAAAAUUUGUUUUGCUUGGUGAAGGAAAAUGUAAAGAAUGGAUGAUAGAUCGUUCCGUGUUUCAGAACUUGUCACAAUUACAGUCAAAACUUGAUUUAUGUGAAAAAGUGCUACAAAAUUUUACUAUUUCUUUGCAAGGAAAAGAUGAAGUUAAUUUGAAAAUUGCUUUCGAACAAAAUGAAGUGUUGUUAAAGCACGUAACGGUAAACGAACUUUUAGAAAUGUCAAAUGGUCCUUGCUGUAUAGGCGGACAAAAGGAAGCUUUUCCCAAUGUUUAUAUCGAAAGAAAUUUAUCGGUCAAUGUUAUAGAUAUUAAAUAUUUAGAACAUGUUAAUCAAGACACUUUUAUCAUUAUCAAUUGUGAAGAAAAUUCUGAACAGUUAAAAAUAUCCAGAGGGCAUACUCUAAUUGAUAUAAACGAUUUUAUCGCUGCUGUAAAUUUCGAAAUUUCCCAGACUCCUGUUUUCAUAGUGAGUAAGAAUAAAUGUAGCGACUUUGAUUUUCAGAAAGUGUGUUCUAAAACACUGGGUUCCAAAAUAGUACAUCAUUUUAAAUUUCUUGAUGGUAAAAAUUUAGAAUGGAUACAAAGUAACGGUGAAGUUGGUGAAUUGCAAAAUUAUAAGUUAAAUAAUCAUUCCAAAAACGAAAAAGAAUUUUGGUCUUUCGGUUUCAGCUACCACAUUAAUCUAAUAACAGACGACCCGGGAAUGGGGAAAACUGAGUUAACAAAAAGUCUAAAAAACGGUUGUUGUUCUAAAUAUUGGACGGUGAUCAUGAAUCCUCAAGAUAUUAAUUCAUUGUUUAAAACUUUACAAACUUGUGACGCAUCAGAUUACUUAAAUCAGUUCGAAUUAUUCAUCUUAAACCAAAAAUAUCAACAUCUUGGACAAUUAGAUCUAGAAUUUUUCAAAAUGUGUUUGAAGCAAAACAACGUCGUCUACGUGUGGGACGCUCUCGAUGAAAUUUUAACCAAAAAUUUGGACGCUGCUUCAGACUUGAUCUUCAUGUUAUCGCAAAAAGGUUUCGUUCAGUGGGUUACCGCAAGGCAACACUUAAAGUCCUCUCUUGAAAAAAAAUUUAACGUGUUGUCGGUGAGUAUUAACCAGUUCAGCGACAGUGAUCAAGAAGAGUACAUUAGAAAACGUCUUGAGACUGUUGUUUCCUCUGGGGAUAUGAAAAGAACGAUCGACAAAAUUAAAUCCACGUUUGCAUUCACAAAACAUAUUGAUAUUUUGGGGAUUCCACUUCAGAUUUUUAUGCUCACAGAGAUAUUUCUUCAAAAUGAAGAUUAUUUAGACUUGUUGGAGAGUAACUUUCUCUUUACUGAUUUAUAUAGCCAUUUUAUUGAUGGAAAAUUCAAGUUCUUUUUCGGAGGCAAAGUGCCGGUAAUAGGUGACUACUGGGAAGAAGAAGUCAGAAAGAAGAAAGAAAAAAAAUUGGAGCAGUAUGAGAAGUUCGCACUUAAAUUAAUUUUUCCUGAAGACAUUUUUGAAGAGUUAAAGAUCGAUUGUUCACAAGAUGUAGAGGUAGUUUCUGAUGAAUGCGGAACUGUUGGUAUCAUCACUGGACUACAGAAUGGCAUUCCGCAAUUCGUGCACGCUUCCUUUGCCGAGUAUUUUGUUGCUUUGUAUUUUUCUAGAAAUUUUAAAAUGAUACGCAGGGACAUAUUUUUUGAUGCAAAGUAUAACAAUGUACGGUUUUUCUUCGACAUGUUAGUUGGUAAAAAAUCACCGGUCCACGUUGCGGUCUUGUACAAAAAUUUUAACGAAUUAAAGAAUUAUGAUGACGAAACAAUAAAGCGUAAAGACGAUGGUGGAAGAAGUGCCUUACAUCUCAUUUGUUCUUGGGGACAAAGACAUCGACGUUUAGAUGUAGAAGAAAGAGAUAAUGUUUAUGUAGUCGAGAACGAUUGGGAGUUUAAAGGGUCACUAGACACAGGAGAUUAUAACGAGGCAUUGCUGUUUUUGUUAAACAAAUGUGACAUUUCUGAGCAAGAUUCGUUACUGAAAAUCACGCCUCUGGAAUGCUGUCGGGAAAGUGAAAGUUUGGGGGCGGAACUGGAAUUAUUACAGUCAAGAAAAUUGGAAUUCCAACAAUCGUAUAGUAGAAAUGAUAGAAUUAAUAUUUUGUAUUAUUCUGCUCAGUUGGGUUACGAUGACGCUGUUAAAACGGUUAUUUCCGAAACUUCUGUAUCUUCUUGUAACGAAGUAAAUUUUAUUGUUGAAUACAGUCAUGAAACUCCUUUGCCAAUGGCUUCACAGAGAGUUAUAGAAUAUUUUGUUAAAACCGAAGCUGAAACGACUCGAGCUGAUAAUAAAUGUGGUUGGACCCCUCUUUACUCAGCUGCGUCUAACGGCCACGAAAAAACCGUCGAAUUCCUAGUGAAAUGCGGAGCGGAAAUUAAUCGCGCCACAAAUGGUGGCCGGACAUCACUUUAUAUAGCUUCGUCGAACGGCCACGAAAAAAUCGUGGAAUAUCUAGUGAAAUAUGGAGCCGAAAUCAAUCACGCUGUUGAUAAUGGUUGGACCCCGCUUUACGCAGCUUCGUCGAACGGCCACGAAAAGAUUGUCGAAUAUCUAGUGAGACACGGAGCCGAAAUUUAUCGUGAUGAUGCCGCUGGGUGGACCCCACUUUUUGCAGCUGCCUCGAACGGUCACCACGAUGCUGUUGAAUGCCUAGUGAAAUGCGGGGUCGAAGUCAAUCGGGCUAUAUAUAAUAGUCGCACACCCCUCUACCAAGCGUGUUUAAAUGGCAAGGAAAAAACAGCCGAAUGCCUAGUGAAAUGCGGAGCCCAAAUCAAUGUCACUGAUAUGUCUGGUGAGACACCACUUUAUGCAGCUUCCUGGGUAGGCCACGAAAAAACUGUCGAAGUCCUAGUGAAAUGUGGAGCCGAAAUUAAUCAUCCUGAUAACAGUGGUUGGACACCGCUUUACGCAGCUGCUUUCAAUGGUAACGAAAAAGUCGUCUAUUAUCUAGUGAAAUCCGCAGCCGAUAUCAAUCACGCUAAUAAUAAUGGUGAUACACCGCUUUACGCAGCUUCCUCGAACGGUCACGAAAGAAUUGUCGUAUGUCUAGUGAAAUAUGGAGCAGAAAUCAAUCAUGUUGUAAAGAAUGGCUGCACACCACUUUAUGUAGCCUCUUCCAAUGGCCACGAAAAAGUUGUCGAAUGUCUAGUGAAAUUCGGAGCGGAAAUUAAUCGUGGUAAUAGUGAUGGUGCGACACCACUUAACGUGGCUUGCUCAGAAGGCCACGAGAAAGUUGUGGAAUAUCUAGUGAAAUGCGGAGCCGAAAUAAAUCGUGCUAAUAAUGAUGGUUGGACACCGCUUUACACAGCGUCUUCGAAAGGCCACGAAAAAAUUGUCGAAUGUCUAGUGAAAUGCGGAGCCGAAAUCAAUCGCUCGACAAAUGAUGGUUGGACACCACUUAACGCGGCUUUUUUGAACGGCCACGAAAACAUCGUCCAAUACCUAGUGAAAUACGGAGCCGAAAUCAGUCGCAGUAGUGACGGUGAAGUGACACCACCUAACGCGAUUUUGCCGAACGACCACGAAAAAAUUGUCGAAUGUCUAGUGAAAACUGGGCUCGAAAUCAAUCGGGCCAAUGACGAUGGUUGGACACCGCUUCAUGCAGCUGCCUCGAACGGCCACGAGAACAUGGUCAAACACCUAGUGAAAUGCGGAGCCGAAAUCAAUCGUGCUGAUAAUGAUGGUGUGACACCACUUUACGCGGCUACCUUCAACGGCCACCAUGAAAUUGUCGACAGUCUAGUGAAAUUCGGAGCCGAAAUCAAUUGCAUUGUUAAUAAUGGUCGGACACCGCUGUACGCUGCUUGUUCAAAAGGCUAUGCAAAAAUUGUCGAAUGUCUAGUGAAAUCCGGAGGCGACGUUAAUCGUUGUGACAAUGAUGGUUAUACACCGCUUUACGCAGCUUCUAAGAAUGGUGAUGAAAAAAUUGUCGAAUAUCUAGUGAAACACGGUGCCGAAAUCAAUAGCGCUGAUAAACAUGGUUGGCCACCACUUCACGAAGCAUCGUCCAGGGGUCACGAAAAGAUUGUCGAAUGCUUGGUGAAAUGCGGAGCUGAAAUCAAUGGCGGUGAUAAUUAUGAUCGAACACCGCUUUUUGUGGCUUCUGAACACGGUCACGAAAAAGCUGUUGAAUAUCUAGUAAAAUCCGGAGCCGAAGUCAAUCUCGCUGAUAAUCAGGAUCGGACACCGGUUCAUGCAGCUUCAAUGGGCAACUACGAAAAGAUCGUCGAAUGCCUAGUGAAAUCCGGAGCAGAUGCAAAACGGUGUGAUAAAUAUGGUCAGACACCACUUGACAUAGCGUAUAAGUAUCACCACAAGAAAAUAGUAGAAUUUCUAUUAAUGAAUGGUGAAACGACGUAAUUUAAGUGGCAAUGAUUUCAUCUUUUCUGUUUCAUUUUAUUGUAGAAAACACCAAACACUUAGAAUUGGCUUGGUAGGCUCCUUUUGGUAAUUUUAUCAUCAAAACAAACAAAUAAUUUUCGAAAAAAGAGACCGACAUUUUAUGAAAAUGUUUAUUGUGAAUAUCUGUUCACGAUAAAAAAUGAUUAACAGCUUAUUAUUCUGAGCAAUUUGUUAACUCAAUUUUCCUGUUUUAUUUUUUAAAUAAUUUAAAGGAUUUUCGAUAGCUUUACCGUGUGAAUGGAAGAUGGGAGAUUAUUUCUUCAGUGCGUUAUGUGCGGGGGUUUCGGGACUGCCAAACAAAUAAUAAAAACAUUCUUUUUAUUAAUAAAGAAACCAAAAAAACAUUUCAUAAGAUAUUUUAAAAAUUAUAAACAAAAACGAAAACAACAGAAGAAAAAUCCAUUGAAGCAUAACCAACCAAAUACUAGACAACAUGCCCAAAAUUUCUGCCUUGUGAAUAUAAGUAAGCUCGUAAUGUUGCCAAAUUUUGAUCAUUUUUUGUGAAAGUUAGUCAUCAGUACUUGGUAAGAUAAACUUGAUUUUGGCAA